AUGCUAAGCCUAAGAUCUCAUAUUCGAAACCAUAUAUGGACUAACGUUGGUAAUGGUAAGACUACGUUCGUCUGGUUUGAUAAAUGGGAUGAAGUGUGUCCUUUGUUUUCGAUUCUUACUCCUAGAAUAAUUGCUAAUGUGGGAUUCAGUUUGGAAACAAAGCUUUGUGAUGUUCGUGACCGAGAUGGAUGGCGUUGGCCAUUGAUGUGGUCUAAUCGGUUUCCAAUGUUGGGGCUUUUGAGUGAUUUUAAUCUGGAUGACGCGACGCAUGAUAAGUUGGUGUGGAAGAGUAGGCUGGGGAAUAUCAUUGAGUUUGGCACUGCUUCGGUUUGGGAUGACAUUCGUGUGACUCAACCGGAGAUCCAAUGGUCUAAUCUGAUCUGGUUCCCGCAAGCCAUUCCGAGACACUCGUUUAUAAUGUGGCUUAUUAUACAUAAGAAGUUGAAAACCCAAGACGUUAUGUGCAAAUGGAAUACCUCGGGUAAUGCGAAUUUUAAUCUAAUGUGUUGCUCGUUGUGUAGUUCUGGUCCAGACUCACAUGAGCACCUGUUUUUUGAGUGUGGCUAUGCUUCUCGUGUUUGGGAUGGUGUCAAAGCUAAAGCAGACAUGAGAGCUAUUUCUAACAGAUGGAGUGAUAUCUUUGGCCACUUGACGGGGGUAGUGAAUUCGAAGAAGGCAAUGCAUGUUAUUUCAAGACUUGUGGUUAGUGCUUCAGCUUAUUUUAUAUGGAAUGAACGAAACAGACGAUUAUUUACAAGGAAAAGAAGGGAGCACGAUCAGCUGGUCAAUGUCAUUUUAUCUACGGUUCGUUUGAAACUCCAAUCGAUGAAGUUCAAGCAAUCUAUCCAUUCGGAUAGAAUUUUGCAAGAAUGGACGCUGCCGCGGGGGAUUAUAGUUGCUGAUGAUGAUUAUGGCUAG